CUCUCACCCCGCCCCGUUCAACUCAGUCCACUGCGUUCAUUUCAUUCCUGCUCCCAUUCCGCGCAUAUUUCGCAUCCUUGGAGAGACGCUGCGCAUUUUACGCACUCAGCGCGCCGGAUUCUUCAAUAAACCAAAACCGAGAGGAGACUCAGGAGUUCGCGGAGUUCUUCCCGAUGCUGUAGCGACAGAUCCGUGGAAAAGUGUGGGAAUUAAUCCAUAAAGAGGCGUAUGAAUCGAGGGUUCCUGCUGUCUGACGUUGGAUUGCAGGCCAUCUUCAUGAGUUGUCUACAGUCUACCAGAUUUUUUUAGUAUUAUUUUUAUUUAGCAUUUGGCAUUACCAGUGCCGAAGCAUCAGUUAGCAUUAGCAUUCAGUUUCUUGUUGACCCCAGCUGGCUGUCAUCACUGCGAGUUAGUUAAUGCCAUUGGUAUUAAAGUUACUUUGAGUUUACUAUUAGCUUUUCACACGUCAGGUAGUUAACGUUAGCUGCUGGUAUGGAGCGCAGUAGCUGGAGCGGAAGUGAGAGUGCAGGGGAGGACAUGGACAGACUGAGUGACUCAGGAGGGGAUAAGACCAUGGACGGGGACCCUGAGGGGGUCUGGAGCCCCGACAUUGAACAGAGCUUUCAGGAGGCCCUGGCCAUCUACCCGCCCUGUGGAAGGAGGAAGAUUAUACUGUCAGAUGAAGGAAAGAUGUACGGUCGAAAUGAGCUGAUAGCCAGAUACAUCAAGCUCCGAACAGGCAAGACGCGGACAAGGAAACAGACAGUCAGCACUGAACCAUCCUAA